AUGCUCCGCGGCCAGACACUCCCCUGGAGAGCUGCGCUCCACCAAACGCCUCGACCUCUCCUCCGACGGCCGUUCCUUGCAUCCCCGAGAUAUAAUGCGACCUUUCGCUCGACACUAAGCUCGGCCCGGCUUGGUAACUCAAUCCCGUCGACCUCCCGGGCCUUCUCCAUAAGCUCCAUUCGGCGGAGAGAGAAGCCCCCACCAGAGGAUCCCAAGGACGAGACAGAAGAGGCGGAAGAGACACAGACCACAGAGGAGCACAAGGACACAGAGCGGACUUCUGAAUCCCGGAGAAAGGUUGCCGAGGCAGGCAAGAAUAUUCCUCCAGCAGAUCAGCCCACGCGGAGAAAAGAGCGGUCAUCCGACAAAGAGCCGCGCGGAGUAGAAGAAGAGUCUAGGAAGGACGCCAACGCACCAGAUGGCAAAGGGAACAAUACUCCACCAGCCAUCCCGCCGAGUGAUGCCCCCACGGACUCAAAACCCAGCGGCGCAAGCAGUGGCGGUAGCAGCGGAAAUGAUGAUGGUGGGAAGAAGGGCAAGAAGGGCUCUGGAGAGAAGGCGCUUCAAAAGCCCGCUGUUCCAGAUGUCUACCCUCAGGUUAUGGCUAUCCCCAUUGCUAAGCGCCCGCUGUUCCCUGGAUUCUACAAGGCGAUCACCAUCCGCGAUCCGAAUGUCGCCGUCGCGAUCCAGGAUAUGAUGAAGCGGGGACAACCUUACGUUGGAGCUUUCUUGUUCAAGGAUGAUAACGCCGACGGCGAUGUCAUCGAAAAUCUGGACGAUGUUUACGAUACUGGUGUCUUUGCUCAAAUCACCGCCGCCUACCCUCUUCGCGGAGAGGCUAGCGGAGUGACUGCAGUUCUCUACCCUCACCGCCGCAUCAAGAUCUCCUCCCUCCUCCCACCUAACGAGAACGUCAAGGGCGCUACUCCACCUCCCCCACCUACUUCCGAAGAAAAGACGCAGGAGAAGCGAGGCGAUGUCGUGGCCAGUUUCGAAGAAUCCGUCCCCGAAUCAGCCCCCAAAGACACACAAGAAGUUACAUCUUUCCUGAAGAAGCACCCUGUCAGCUUGGUCAACGUGGAAAAUUUGAUCGAAGAACCCUUCGAUAAGAAGAAUGCUAUUAUCCGUGCAGUGACGAGUGAGAUCGUGAAUGUGUGCAAGGAAAUUGCCACCUUGAACCCAUUGUUCCGCGAUCAAAUUUCUGCCUUCUACACGGAUCAGUUCCCAGGCAACCUCAGUGAUGAGCCGGCUAAAUUGGCUGACUUUGCCGCCGCGGUCUCUGCCGGCGAGCUUCAUGAAAUGCAGGAAGUCCUCGAGACAAUGAACAUCGAAGAGCGUCUUCCUAAAGCUCUUGUCGUUCUGAAGAAAGAGCUGAUGAACGCCCAACUGCAAUCCAAGAUCACCAAAGAUGUCGAGGCCAAGAUUCAGAAGCGCCAACGCGAAUACUGGCUCAUGGAACAAAUGAAGGGCAUCAAGAGAGAGCUUGGUAUUGAGUCCGAUGGUAAGGACAAGCUGGUUGAGAAAUUCAAGGAGAAGGCCGAAAAGCUUGCUAUGCCAGAGGUUGUCAAGAAGGUCUUCGAUGAAGAGAUCAACAAGCUCGCCCACCUCGAACCUGCUGCAUCUGAGUUCAACGUUACCCGCAACUACCUGGACUGGCUGACCCAAAUUCCAUGGGGUCAGAAGAGCGUGGAAAACUUCGGUAUCAAACAUGCUGUGGGUGUCUUGAAUGAAGAUCACUACGGACUGAAGGAUGUCAAAGAUCGCAUUCUUGAGUUCAUUGCAGUUGGCAAGCUUCGUGGAACUGUCGAAGGAAAGAUUCUCUGCCUUGUUGGACCUCCUGGUGUCGGAAAGACCAGUAUUGGAAAGUCGGUGGCUCGCGCUUUGAAUAGGCAGUACUACCGCUUCUCUGUCGGUGGUCUGACCGACGUUGCAGAGAUCAAGGGCCACCGACGUACCUACGUUGGUGCCUUGCCGGGACGUAUCAUCCAGGCUCUCAAGAAAUGUCAAACCGAGAACCCUCUCAUUCUCAUUGACGAAGUAGACAAGAUUGGCCGUGGACACCAGGGUGAUCCGUCAUCUGCCUUGCUUGAACUUCUCGACCCGGAGCAGAAUGGCUCCUUCUUGGAUCACUACAUGGAUGUCCCCGUGGAUCUGUCUAAGGUCCUCUUCGUUUGCACUGCCAACGUGACUGACACCAUCCCUCGGCCGCUUCUGGACCGCAUGGAGCUUAUUGAGCUUUCCGGCUACGUGGCGGACGAGAAGAUGGCGAUUGCCGAGAGAUACCUGGCACCCGCUGCCCGGGAGCUCACAGGCCUGAAGGAUGUUGACGUACAGCUGGAGAAGGAUGCCAUCGAGGAGUUGAUCAAGUCUUACUGCCGCGAGAGUGGUGUUCGUAACUUGAAGAAACAAAUCGAGAAGGUUUACCGCAAGGCCGCUUUCAACAUCGUUCAGGACCUGGGCGAGGAAGCGUUGCCAGAAGAGGCGGCUUUGACUGAAGAGGGCAAAGCUGCCCAGGAAGAGUCCAAGGAGCAUGAGUCCGCCGAUCCUGCCCAAGUUCCCAUUGAGCCAGAGAAGUCAACCACAGAAACUCCCCGGUUGGCCCUGAAGGUUCCUGAGAAUGUGCACCUCAGCAUCGGCAAAUCAACUCUGAAGGAUUACGUCGGACCUCCGGUCUUCACUGCCGACCGUUUGUACGACCAGUUCCCUCCUGGUGUCACCAUGGGUCUUGCAUGGACCAGCAUGGGUGGCGCCGCCCUGUACGUCGAAUGUAUCUUGGAGAACGCCCUGAGUCAUGACUCUCGGCCUGGUCUCGAGGUCACCGGAAACCUGCAGAAUGUCAUGAAGGAGUCCACCCACAUCUCAUACUCCUUUGCCAAGUCUGUCAUGGCCCGUCAAUUCCCCGAGAACCGAUUCUUUGAGAAGGCUAAGGUCCACCUUCAUUGCCCCGAGGGUGCCGUCCCCAAGGAUGGUCCCUCUGCUGGUAUCACCAUGGCCAGUGCUCUGCUGUCUUUGGCCCUCAACCACUCCCUCGAGCCCACCGUUUCCAUGACUGGUGAGCUCACCGUAACCGGAAAGGUGCUGCGGAUUGGAGGGUUGCGAGAGAAGACAGUGGCGGCUCGUCGGGCCGGUGCCACCAAAAUCCUCUUCCCUGCCGAUAACACAUCUGACUGGCUCGAGCUUCCCGAGAACAUCAAGCAGGGUAUCGAAGGUCAUCCCGUGAACUGGUACUCCGAGGUUUUUGAUAUCCUCUUCCCCGGUCUCGACCAAGAGGCUGCCCGGACGGUCUGGCAGAAGGCCCUCGCCAAGCCGGAGAAGGGUAGCGCGGACGCUGAAUGA